AUGACUGCCCUCUUUUAUCAGUGGACCAAAGCAAAUUCUAAGUUUAAAUAUCCUGUUGUUAUUUAUGAAGUAACAAUCCAGAAAAGAAUCGUUAAUUUGUGGAAGAAACAAAAAGAAAUUUCAACGACAUUCUUCAUUGUAAACAUAAAUUGUAAUUGCACAAGAGAUCAGAAGAUUCCAGUGAUCGAAUUGAUGUUUAUUAAAGCGCAGAGAGCUAAGCAAGGAAGCAUCAGCACAUACAUGAUUGCGAACAAAAAUGUGCCAGAGACAAGAAGGCAAGAAGCAGAACUUCAGAGACAAGAAAGCAGAAGCCUUUCUGAGCAGAAAAGAGCUAGGAAACUAGAAGAAAAUGCCAGGAAAGAGAAAGAAGAAAACUUAGCUGUACAGUUUAUUUCUGUAAAGCAUAGUUGGAUUGAUGAUCCGAGACAUGUUCUUUUUCAGCUUGAGCUUUUGAGAAGCCAAGACAAAGAGGUGAUGCAGAUAGUGAUGCCUGUGGUAAGAAGAUCAGCCAACGUUCAGAUGGGGGAUAUGAGUUUAAGACAAAGGGUAACACCAGAGAUCAAUCCUGAUGCCAGCUGCCUACUUGAAUCAUUCAUUGGGAUUCUGAAAUGUAUGAAUCUCCACUAA